AUGGGUGCGUGCGGCAGCACGGAAGUGGGAGAGGAUCUGGAGCAGAAGAAGAGAAGUCAAAUGAUAGAUAAAAAGCUGGAGGAAGACUCGAGGAGGUUACGAAGGGAGUGUAAAAUAUUACUUCUUGGUUCUGGGGAAAGCGGCAAGUCAACGAUCGUAAAACAGAUGAAGAUCAUCCAUCAGAAUGGCUACACCCAAGACGAGCUAGCACUCUACCGUCUGACAAUCUACAAAAACCUCGUAGACUGCAUGAAAGCUUUGACUUCAGCAAUGAUCCAAUUCGGCAUUGAACCAAGAGAUCCGAAAGUUAGGGAGCUGGUCGAGUAUAUUGAUGAAUACAACGUCGAUCCCGACCCGCACACACCACUGGAUCCAAAAGCUGCUGAAGCUGUGGAGUUGAUCUGGCACGACGAUGCAAUACCUAGGGUAAUGGAACACCAAAGCGAAUUUUACCUGAUGGAUUCAGCGCCAUACUUUUUUGAUGAGGUGAAGCGAAUAGCAGGACCAGGCUAUACUCCGACCGAAGCCGAUGUCCUAAGAGCCAGGACAAAAACAACGGGUAUCUACGAGACGAGAUUCACCAUGGGCCAACUGAGCAUACAUAUGUUCGACGUGGGAGGUCAGCGGAGCGAACGGAAAAAAUGGAUUCAUUGCUUCGAAAAUGUCACAUCAAUUAUUUUCUGUGUUGCUCUGAGUGAAUAUGACCAAGUGCUUCUGGAAGAAACCAAUCAGAAUCGAAUGAUGGAGAGCCUGGUUCUAUUUGAUUCGGUCAUCAAUUCAAGAUGGUUUAUGAGGACGAGUAUCAUCCUGUUCCUCAACAAGGUCGACCUGUUCAAGAUCAAGCUUGCACGAUCCCCUCUCAGCAACUAUUUUCCGGACUAUUCGGGCGGUAACGAUGUGAAUAGAGCUGCAAAAUACUUGUUGUGGCGAUUCAACCAGGUCAAUCGAGCCAACCUUAAUCUCUACCCUCAUCUCACACAAGCCACCGAUACUACCAACAUCCGCCUAGUCUUUGCAGCCGUCAAGGAGACCAUUCUGCAGAACGCACUGAAAGAUUCAGGCAUUCUAUGA